AGAACUUUAGCAUUGAAAGGGCCGCCAACGACUGCUGGUAGUGAUGCUGGUAACAACAGGAUUGGCACUCUUCCUGUGAAAAUGAUGUUGAAGAUUCCGACGAAUGGUGGAAAAGCAGGGAUUGAUGCUUCAAAAGUGACUUCUAUCAAAGUGAUGAACGAUGCCAAUGCGCAGCAGGACGACAUCAAUGAGGAUGUUGCCUUAUUUUCUCCUCGUAGCAUGUCUGAAGCGACGGCGAUGGGGCCUUUAAAGCUGAGUGGCCUUAAUUUGGUCCCGUCGAACGUUAACAGUCCUCGCAGUGCGCGAAAUAUGCACACUCCGCGUGCUGAUUUGAAAAUUAAUAUGCUGAACAGUAAGUCCUCGACUGAUGGCGCGAUGGUCGACGCCUCCUCUGAAAUUGAAAAAUCCUUGCAGCUCACCAGUGCUCUGAGCAGCCCCCGAGGUGCUGCCGUCGCCGCCCAACAAGAGACGCCCAGGGUUCGAGGCGAGCCGCCGCUGCCUGUCAAGAACAUGAAGCUACAACUAGCAGGAACGACCGGAGGCCAAAAUAAAACGAAAGGCACGAAGACCGGAGCUCCGCCGACAUACGAUUGGGAUUUGGAAGCUCUAAUCGAAGCAGGAGAAAAGGAAAUUUCCUCGGCACGUGGUGAACAAGGUUCUACUUCUACGGUCAGAAGCAUUACUUCUGGUGCUAAAAAUGCUGUAGUUGACCGAACUACCCCCAGGACUACGCCAGGUCUGCUUCUGCUCAACACUGCUGCUGUGGAGCCUCUAACGGCACCACCCCUGAAGACAUUUGGCGAGGCAUUGGGCAGCCCGCGUCCGUCUCCGCGUCCUCAGACCGGCACCGCGGUUCUCGGACGUGUCAAAGCAACUCCAGUUCCGACUUCAUUUGGUGGCACGAUUUCAGCACUUCAGAUCCGUCGAGCAGGACCCGAAGAACAUGAUGAAACUACAGGCAAGGUAGGAACGGUUGGUCUUGGUGGUCUUCAAGGUCAAGCGCAAGGACAAGAAGAUAAUAUUAAUAAAGGUUCAUCAAUGAAUAUAUUUGUCGCUGCCCCCUCAAUGUCGCUGUUCAAGCAGUUUUCGUUUGAAAAGCCGUUGUUCACGCCGCGCGCGGAUGGGAAUAUGAAAGUCGGACUUCCCUCAGACUUUGGUCACCACUUCACGAAGGUAGAUCCUCCUCAACACCUGUCCUCUACAGUACAAAAUAAGGGUUUGGGUUUGCUUCUCGACAACAUUGGGUCGUUGGCACGGCCUCCUCCCAAGCCAGCAGCACCUGUAGCUUCUUUUACAACUACGGUAUCCUCCACCAGCGGGGGGACGAGCGGGCCCGUGCGCGCCAGCGCAGCAAUUUAUCAGCCUCCACCGCGUCAGAUGGUCGUGCCGCUCUUCCGAAAGCCCGAGCUAAAAUCUCAGGGUCCUCUUCUGCAGAAGGCC